CUUUUCUUUGAAUGUGUCAUGUGUAGGUCGUAUCAUUUUGCGCGGGUAUUCGCUGCAACCUACCUGAGUGUUUGUGGCAGGCUUGGAGUCACCUCACGUUCAGUCCUCCAUCGGCAGCUGGCAACGCCGUCCAGUUCGCCACCUGUAAGAAAGGAACAACCUUUACUCAGCUGAUUUACUAGGCGGUUGUGAUCCUUUUCAAUCUAAUACAACCCACGUACUCCCUUUACACGGAAGCCCUCGGAACCCUCAACCGGACGCGUACUACGGUCACUUCAGCUGACAUAUUCGGUGACAAUGCCUGCCUGCGACUCUGUGAGUGCCCACUAUUUUCCAACUACUUGAUUUUUAGCCCGUUCGAGUCCUGCUUACCGGCGCUGCUGGCCAAAUCGGCUAUUGUCUAGCGGGAAUGGUUGCACGCGGCGAUAUGUUGGGACCCAACCAGGAAAUUAUACUUCAUUUGCUGGAUAUCCCUCCUAUGCUAAGCUCCUUACAAGGUCUGCAGAUGGAAUUGCAAGAUUGUGCUUUUCCCACGCUUAAGGAGGUCGUGAUUACAGUCGAACCGGAGGUCGCUUUUAAAGAUAUUGAUGUUGCAUUGAUGGUCGGUGCGAUGCCGCGCAAGGAGGGGAUGGAGCGAAAAGAUUUGCUUAAAGCCAAUGUUAACAUCUUUAAACAGCAAGGAAAGCAUCUUGAUACGCUAGCCAAAAAGUCUGUUAAAGUUGUCGUUGUAGGCAACCCGGCUAACACCAAUGCAAUGGUCAUGAGCAUAAACGCUCCAUCCAUUCCUAAGGAAAAUUUCAGUUGCCUCACGCGACUGGAUCACAAUCGUGCACUCUCUCAAAUUUCUAUGCGUCUGGGUGUGUCGUGUACACACGUAAAAAAUGCAAUAAUAUGGGGGAACCACAGCAAUACUCAAUUUGCUGACGUAGCUCACGCAAAGGUUAAAGUUGGUGGUAAAGAACAAAGUGUGUACGCCGCAGUAAACGACGAUGCAUGGAUAAAAAAUGAUUUUUUAAAAACCGUUCAAUCUCGUGGAGCGGCUGUUAUAUCAGCUCGGAAGCUCAGCAGCGCACUAUCGGCUGCUAAGGCAAUAACGGAUCAUAUGCAUGACUGGUGGUUUGGAACCAAGCCGGGCGAAUGGGUUUCAAUGGGCGUCAUCAGUGACGGAUCAUAUGGAGCACCCAAAGAUGUUUUCUUCAGUUUCCCUGUCGAAAUCAAGGAUAAAAAGUGGAGUAUCGUACAAAAUCUCCCAAUGGAUGAUUGGGCAAAAUCAAAGUUCAAGAUCACCGCGGACGAGUUAGUCCAAGAGCGAGAAUCUGCCUUAUCGGAUUGAGCUUACUUUUAGUUCAAUUAUUCCAUUACUGUCCCGGUUGUUGCCAUUUAAUUAUGCACUAUUCAUUAUGACAUUAAUAUAACAUAUACUGCUUACU